CGAGUAGACUUCAACAGCUGUUCGUGUCGGCAUUUGGGCGCCUUUUUGCACCGGACGGAAUUAAUUUUGAAAAUGUCAUUGCGACAGGCUCUUGACGAUUGCCUAAUCGAUUUUGAUAGACGUGUGCUGGUCACCGAUUUGUUGGAGGAGUACAAAUUAACGUAUAAAGAGGUACACGAAUUGCUCGAGGCGCACAUUAAACAGCAGGAAGACGCCAGCGCCAACAACAAAUAUGAGAAACGCUUUCUCGUGUAUGGAAAUCAGACAGAUGGUGGUGAACUGUAUACGAUUGUGCAAGGCGAAGACAAGCUAAAGGAAUGGAUAGCCAAAUUGCAAAACUCACAAUCGCAACUGUAUUCAGUGGAAAUUGCUGGUGGUUCCAAGAGUGCCGCGCCAAUUUUUAAGCCCAUGCAGCAGGUGGAGGUGCAACUGGCCAAGUUGGAAAAGCGUGCCGGCGCCACAACACCAAAGGGCGUUAGCAACGGUAUUCACAAGCCCUCAGAAACAACAAAGCCCACCAAUGUCAAGACGGAAACAUCGGAACCAAGUAGCAGUAAAGUGGACGCUCCCACAGAGCAGCCAAAGAAAACGUCACCAAGCGAGCAGAAGGGCAAAGCAGCUGUCGCAAAGAAGGGCAGCAUUGGCAGCUUCUUUAGUGCAGCUCCUGCGGCCAAAGCAAAGGAAACAAAAGCCGCUGUUGCAGCCAAACCUGCUUCGAGCAGCAGCAUGGAUAACUUCUUCAAGAAGCAACCAACGUCUAGCGGCGGAAAUCAGGCAAAGCCGACGCCUACGAACAACAUGAAAAAAGAUGAACCUUCUGCCAGCAAGAGCAGCAACAACAAUACCUCUAUACAGCUGUUUGACGAAGCCUCCUCCGACGAGGAGGAGAAACUGGACAAGCUGCGACGCAAGGUGGUUGGCUCAGGUGACGAGUCAGAUGAGACGGCGAAUGCGUUGCCAACUAGUAGUAGCAAGCGACGUCGCAUUGUAGACUCUGAUGAUGAUGAGCAGCCACAAAAGAAAUCAGCAGAGCCCCAGGAGGAGAAGUUGGAGGGGGAUGUGGAAAUGGAGGCGGACACAAAUGAAACGUUUCUGGAUGAUGAUGGCUUUGUUAUAACUGUAAGGGCUAAGAAAGCAAUGCAGCCAUCCAAGAAAAAGGCUUCGCCGACAGCAGGAGCAACAGCAGCUGCAAAAGCUGCUGCUGCAGCUGCAACUACAAAGAAAAAAUCACCGCCUGCAGCUAGCAAGAGCGCAAAGGAGACGCCUAAAAUCAAACAGGGCAGCAUCACAAGCUUCUUUGCCAAAAAGUGAAUGUGUUGCCGGAAGUAAUUAUGCAUCUAACCUCGUUCAAUGUAUGCUAACUAGAUUUACUUAAUAUAAGGCUUGCCGUUUUCAAUAAUGCUUCAAAUCAUUGUUAAUUUGUAUAAAAUUAAAUAUACUAAUUUUUUCUCAAA